AUGUCAGCGGCGGGAGGUCUUGAAGCCAUAGCUACUACUAAAGCGAUUCAAACAGGGUGGUUACACCCUACCAUUAAUCAAUUUAACCUAGAACCUUCAAUCGAAUUUGACACCGUUACAAAUAAAAAACAACAGCAUGAAAUCAACGUUGCCAUUUCAAAUUCAUUUGGUAUUGGUGGACAUAACUCGGUUGUAGCAUUCUCUGCAUUCAAGCCUUGA